AAUCACAUGUCUGGCAGGCGGGGACUUCAGCGCUUCUGAUGCAAUCCCACUUUGUUUCCUCACCUCUUGUUGUUAUUAUAGUGAGCUCCGGUUUAGAGCAGCAGUCCGUUAGUUGAUGAUCGUGGCAAACAGCUUCAGAAGAAGUCCCUAAGCCUCCAUUUAUCAGACAGAAUGAACGAGAUUAGUAAACUAGAGACUGAAGAACUGCUCACAUGUCUGCAUAUCCAACUCUUCCACCCUGAUCAAGCCUGCCGUCCUAUCUUCCACAACCUUCCCCUAAAUCAACCACACAAAAUGGAUGCUGAAGAUCCACUAAGGCUUGGUCGGGAUGGACAGACCUGCACCUUUGUCCUAAACGACACCUGUGUCUCCAGAAAACAGUUCUCCAUACAGGCGUAUAGGAAAGUCGGAAACCCUACUUUGAGCUUUAUGAUUCAGAACAUGAGCCAGAGGGGUAAACUCAUGGUCAGUGGGUCUGAGCUGAGACACCUUGAAAGAGCAGAGCUUGAUGACAAGGCCCUUCUCCGGUUUGGGAGGUAUGAACUGCUGAUUUGGCUGGAGCCCGGAGAGUCUCAGAGUAAAUUUGAAGUCCUGUUUGAAACAUGCAUUAGGCCUCCUUCACAGGAAAUGGGCAUAGAUGUGCCAUGCAAUCCAGCAAUUCUGGAUACUGGUGCAGCAUGGAGAAUCUUUCAGAAUGGAGCACCGCUAAGCCAAGAGCCACUGGAGUCAGAUGAGACAAUACUAGUAUAGGUGUUUUCCUAUUGCAGUGAUCCAGUGGUCUAGAAUGGUUUUGGCAGGGAAGUUGGUGCUUUCUCUCCCAAAAACAGAGUCUAGAAUUUGUUUAUUAUUAUCUUUAUUAUUAUUUAAAAAGUCAGUGCAUUUUGUAUGUAAUAGAUGCACUGAGAUCGAGAACUAGAUUAUCCUUUAAGUAUACACAUUAUUAUCUUUCUUUGGAAUGCCACUGAACCAGUUUUGUUGCCUUUUGUGUUUUUUAUUGUUUGGCUUCCUUUGUACAGAUAUGUUAUCAUUUUUCACUGAAUGUUAUUGAAUAUUUGUCAUACAUUUACUAUUUUGGUGCCUUCUAUUAUUUUUAGUGUUACAUCAGUAUGUUUAGUGUAUUUUGACUUACUUGAUGAAAUGUUAAUCACAUGCUUCUGAAAAUGUGAAAUCACAGUGAUUGAAAGCUUAUUCACAGGGCCACCAAGUUUCACCAAAAGUUCAGAGUGAGAUUACGUGGUGUGGCAUGUGAUCGUGUUAAAGCGUGAGACUUGGCAGCUAUGCUUAUUCAUAUAUACCACUUAUAACACUUUAUGUCUAUUUUAAUGAAAUAAACUUUUUUUAAAUGGU